CAAUAGCAGCUAUCAUUGUCAAUGGAAGCCACCACUCAAUCUCCACAGCCGUCACUCUCCUUACCAUGGAAAACACGUAUUGCUCUUUCCCUCCACUUCACUGUCACUAACGCAUUUCUCCGAAAAAACGGCACCAUCAACCGUCGUCUUCUUAACUUAAUCGACUUCCGGAAUCCACCGACAUUACAACCAAUCAACGGCGUAGCGUCACACGACGUCGUUGUAGAUAAAGCUCGUAAUCUCUGGUUCCGAGUCUACGUACCUACAGAACUCGCCGGUGAAGAACUCCCUGUGAUUGUGUAUUUUCAUGGAGGCGGAUUUGUCUUCCUCUCCCCCGAUGCUCUUCCUUACGACACCAUGUGCCGUCGGUUAGCGACAAAAGUACCAGCUGUUAUUGUUUCUGUAAACUACCGGCUUGCGCCUGAGCAUCGGUAUCCAUCACAACAUGAUGAUUGCUUCGAUGUGCUUAAGUUUCUCGAUGAUGAAGAAAACAAGUCUAAAUCGCUGCCGGAAAAUGCGAAUCUGUUGCGUUGCUUUAUUGUUGGAGAUAGCGCCGGUGGGAAUAUAGCUCAUCAUGUUGCUCAACGAGCCUGUGAAUUCAACUUCCAAAGAUUUAAGGUGAUCGGAGUUGUAGCGAUUCAACCGUUCUUUGGCGGCGAGGAGCGAACAGAUUCAGAGAUCCGCCUAGCCGGAACACCACUAGUUUCCAUAGAGCGAAACGAUUGGGUUUGGAAGGCGUUUUUGCCAGAAGGAGAAGGGCUCAAUCGGGACCACCCAAUCAUCAACGUUAGCGGCCCAAAGGCGGUGAACAUAUCGGAAUUAAAAUUGCCGCCGGUCAUGCUGGUGGUUGGCGGUUGCGAUGCCCUACAGGACUGGCAAAAAAGGUACUAUGAGUGGCUGAAAAAGUCAGGGAAAGAAGUGUAUUUGUUUGAGUACCCAAACAUGUGCCAUGCUUUCUAUAUCUCCCCAGAAUUGUCUGAAUCUGUACAGCUUAUUACCCAAGUGAAAGACUUCAUUCAAAAGAUAUCGAGUAAUGAUGCCACUAAAUUCACAAAUUAAAACUUUGAUUAAUAAUUCGUUUUAUUACAUAUGCAUAAAUAGUUGUACCAAAUGGACAUUAUAUUGUACGAUUUGAGCGUACAAUCUUUAGAUUGAUGUUGGUUUUUUUUUUUCGAAUAAAAAUGUUGAAUUUUGUGUUUAUGGUUUUGGUGUUUUAGAAAAUAGAAAAAGUUACGUAAAUAGUCUA